AUGACAUCUGCCCCGAAACGGGUGGCCAGUGUGCCACAUCACUUGCUCGGAAUCAUUGGUCCCGAGGUAGAUUUCUUUGUACAUGAUUUUGUGCAUCAUGCAUUGCUGGCUACUGAUGCCAUCAUACGAAAGAAUCGGUUGACAAUUAUUGUUGGAGGGUCCAAUUCCUUCAUACAGGCACUUGGAAAUGUCAACACUGAGUUUCCCUCCAAGUACGAGUGUUGUUUUCUCUGGAUGGACAUAGCGAUCCCGGUCUUGCAUUCAUACGUGUCGAAUAGGGUUGAUCAGAUGGUGGAUAGCGGGUUGGUGGAGGAGGAUAAGGCAUUUUUUGACCCAAAAAUACGUGACUAUGAUUAUGGGAUUAGGUGUGCCAUUGGGGUCCCCGAGAUGGAUGAGUUCUUCAGUAGUGAGGGUCUUGUCGGUGGUGAAACUAGGGGUAAGCUUCUUAAGGCAGCUAUUGAUGAAAUUAAGAUGAACACUUGCAAAUUAGCUUGCCGUCAAGUUGAAAAGAUUUUGAGGAUGAGGGAGGAAUUCGGGUGGCAAAUCCAUCGGUUGAUCGCCACAGAGGUAUUCCUUCGACGUGGUGGAGAUGCCAAUGAGCAUGGGAGAAAUUGGUGCUGGUGCCUAGUGCGAACAUUGUGGCUCGUUUCAUUUGCAAUGAAAACAUAG